AUGAAUAGUCCGAGGGACGGUCCUUUCUGUCUGCGCACAUUCUCCGCCUUUUCGCCCCGCCCCCUUGCCGUUCCAUAAAUGUGCAGUAUACUGUGGGAAGGGGUACUCAGGUGCACAUGUACCAUAAUUUUAGGUGAACAUACCAUAGAGAGUUGUAAAAGUUUAUGAGUGGAAAGAUAGCUCGUAGGCGUAAAAAUAGAUAGAAAUUAUGAUUGGGAAAGUAAUAAAUCCACUGGAAAACAUCUGAUAUUUGCAGAUUUUGUAUCCGCCGGUUACUGUACUCACUGGCCUGAUGGACAUUUCGGAGGCGGCAGCUCGUUCCGAUUCGCUCCCUACCCGGUGACUCUGUUCAGAGCAGAACUCGCCUCCAUCGAAGAAGCGCUGAAACAAGUGGCAAAUCGAAACAAACAAUAACAAUUGAGUGUUCAUUUUCAGGCAGUCGAUGCGAACAUUCAAAAAGUGACCGUAAUCACCUCUUCUGUCCACUUCAUCAACGCCUGGCGACGUCGUUGGAUGCGUGCUGGCGACGAGAAACUGCCGUACGCGAACAAGAUCUUUUACGAGAGAAUCUGCGAUCUGUGUGCUCGUCUGCAGCAAGUACACUUUCGGUACGAAGAGCAGAAGGAGAAGACGGAGAUCGGAAAAGAGCUGGAGAAGAAGUGCACGGAGGGAUUGUCGUACGGACUCGUGGGCAAGGACACUUCGGAGUACGACAUGAGGAUUGCGGAUAUGACGGGGGAAAAGGAGUAUCGGCAGGAAGGGUAAUUCGGAUGAGAACGUUCAGAAGUGAUGAAAGGAUGUCUUUUCAGAGUUCCGAUCGUCCGGCUCUUCAAAACGGGCACCGAUUUGAAUGCGGGCUUCGCGUGGGAAGGAGAAGAAGCAGUCAGCUGCUGCGGCACUCCGAAAGUGCUCAUCCGAAUUCUGGAAGACGCCGUCGCUCGUGAUCAUUCGAUGAUCAUCAUCCGUGCAGACUCCGAGAAGCUUAUCAAGAGCUACGAAGCAUUUGUGGAGGUGUGGCGAAGGAACGGAUGGCGCAACUCGCAGCACAAACGAAUUGGGAAAUCGGCAGAAUGGGAGAAGACGUGGCGGCUUAAGCAGAAGGUGCACGUGUGUUGGGAACUGAUGGAGACGCCCGACGAGCAGGAUCGGAUCGAGAAUCGGAGGAUCCCCGAGUGGAAGACAUCUUGA